UCUCAAUAUCUUUCAGACUGGUUUUACUGUCGGCCUUGAGGUAACCACCUGGCCAUUGGAGCUGCUGAAACGACAAGUGAUUUUUACUUUUACCGAUUUGUUGGGUGAGUAUUGGCGGCAGUGUGUAAUUAUGCGUUUAAAAGGAAAAGGAAAGAAGUGAUAAUAAAUAAUGCAUUACAGUUUAUGUUGGUGGCGCAGCAGGAUUGUUCCUUGGCUUCAGCGUUUUGGGUGCCAUUGAGUUCUUUUACUAUUUCUCACUGCGCUUGUUGUGGUAUCUGAGAGGUUACAGAUAUUAAUAGCGUGGUGAAAUUUAAAAAUAAACAGUUAUUUCUGGUUGUUAUAAGCCGCUUAUAUACAUAUACAACAUACAUAAAUACAUAAAUUCUUGUUAUAUAACGAAAUUUUACCGAUUAUCAAUACCAUUUACUACGAAUUACUACUAUUUACUAAACAAUGUUAUUGUCACCUCUAAAAAGGCUCGAAUGCGUGCAUACACAAUAUUUAUUUACAUGGCUUCGCCCACCGCUGAACUCAUCACCGCAUAUUAAAUGUUCGAAUCAAUAUCUUUUGGCUUCCUUUGUACUUUGUCAGCCAAAUUUCCAAAAACUUGAAAUCAGUCACUAUGAGUUUCUGGGUGAAGAAUCACGACGGUUCUACGAUUUUGGAAAAGCCUCCGCGCAUUGUGCCGCUCUUCAAUCCCGGUCAACGGGAGUUUCUCGAAGAUGAGCACCGCCACCGCAUUCAAAUGCAAAAGCGUGCACAGCAGAGCGGAAAAAACACCGAGUACUACAUCCGCAAGCAAUCGACGCUGGACGACGCACGCCUACUGGAUGAGCACGAUUCCUUCUACAAGACGACGAAGAGCUUACUUGUGCUCUUCCAAAUUAUGGGCAUAAUGCCCAUACAUCGCAAUCCACCCGACAAUAAUUUACCACGCACUGGCUUCUCGUGGACGUCGCGUCAAACGCUAUAUGCCAUGUGUGUUUUCUCGAUUGAGACGUUCAUUGUGGCGAUGGUAUUGCGUGCUCGGGUCAAGAACUUCAUUGAGCAGCCGGACAAGCAUUUCGACGUCGCAAUCUAUAAUAUUAUCUUCAUCAGCUUGUUGUUUACACAUUUUCUGCUGCCGGUGGCGAGUUGGCGUCACGGGCCUGAAGUGGCGAUCUUUAAGAAUAUGUGGACGAAUUAUCAGUAUAAAUUUUGGCGCGUCACCGGCACGCCCAUCGUUUUUCCGAAUUUAUAUCGCCUCACGUGGGGUUUAUGCAUAUUUUCGUGGACUCUGAGCGUUGCCGUCAAUGUGUCGCAGUAUUAUUUGCAACCAGACUUUGAGUUUUGGUACACCUUCGCCUACUAUCCCAUCAUAGCGAUGCUGAACUGUUUCUGCAGCUUGUGGUACAUAAAUUGCAACGCAUUUGGCACGGUUAGCGAAGCCCUUGCAAGGCAGUUGGAGUUGACCCUUAAAAGCGAUAAGCCGGCAGAAAAGUUGACGGAGUUUAGAUACUUAUGGGUGGAUCUGAGUCUCAUGAUGCAGCAACUGGGCAAAGCAUACUCCAAUAUGUACGGUAUGUACUGUCUCGUCGUUUUCUUCACCACACUCACUGCCGCGUAUGGUUCGAUCAGUGAGAUCAUGGAUCAUGGUGCAACAUACAAGGAGAUCGGAUUGUUCGUCAUUAUGUUCUAUUGCAUGAGUCUGUUGUAUAUAAUCUGCAAUGAGGCGCAUCAAGCGUCAUGCAAAGUGGGCUUGGAUUUUCAAACGAAAUUACUCAAUGUCAAUUUAAUUGCUUUGGACACGGCCUCGCAGCGGGAGGUGCAAAUGUUUCUGCUUGCGAUUGCGAAGACGCCGCCAAUAAUGAACUUGGACGACUACGCAAACAUUAAUCGAGAGCUUUUCUCAUCGAACCUCACAUUUAUGGCUACCUAUUUGGUUGUACUGCUGCAGUUCAAGAUUACCGAGCAAAGGGGCUUACGUGAAAAUCAAUCUGAGUCGAACAUGGAUUAUGGCGAGUAA